AUGUUCCCAAGAGGGCCCCGCUUCGAGCACCUCAAAGCCUCAGAUGUACCCCCUCCUGGCGCCUACAACAUCCCACAAGAAUCCAUGCUCGACAACUACAAACACGGAGCCUUCCUAGAAAGGGCAGAUCGUUUCAGCAAGGAUAAGCAGCCAACGGCUCCAGCCCAGAAAAUCAAGGCAUCCCCCACCCAAUCACUUGCCGAGAAAUACGCCGCUCUACAGAAGAAGGUGGCGGAUCUCGAGAAGGUUCAUCUCGAUGGCAAGAGAGCACACAACGCCGAACUCGAGAGGCUCAAGCAGGAGCUCGCCCUGUCUCAGAAACAACUCUCCGACCAGACCGACAAGUUCGGCAAGCAGAAGAAGCAAACAGCUACACUUGAAGCUCUCGUCCAGGACCUCAAGAAGAAUGCCACAAUCGACCAAAGCGAGCUCAAGGAUCUGCGCCACAAACUCCGACUCCUCGAACUAGACCGCGAGAAGCUCUCUUCCAAGCAACCAGAAAUCGCCCAACUCCGCAAGUUCCUCCAAGCUCUUGAGAUCAAACGCAAGGAUGACCUCAAGGAGCGCGAUCAUCGAAUAGCAGACCUCGAGAGGCAGCUCCAAGCAGAGAAGAAGAAACGCGACCUCCUCGAGCACAAGACCCAGGAUAGUAAACGCCUCUUUGACGAAGAAAGGCAGGCAUUGCGUGCAGCCAUGCACGAUGUGGAGGUCCAUUUGACCAAGACCAAAGCAGAGGCUUCUGAGGCGCAGGACAGACUCCGUCAUGUCCAGGACGAGAAGACCGCAGACGAGGGCGAACUCCUCGAGCAACUCGAGCAACAUCGGCGUUUGCUGGACACAGUUGCGCGACAAUACGCCACCGUUGUCUCGCAGAGCAUGUCCUUGGCAGCCUACAAGCGUCUGCAACACGACUAUGCCGCAUUGCAAAUCCGACAGUUCCGACUCGAACGAAAACUUACCAACUCGGAGGGCCAGGUCGUUGAGCUCACGCAUCUCUUCCGCCAAGUGAAAGAGGACAACACUCACCUUAGCCAUCUCCUGCGCGACGCUUUGGAAGAAAUAGCCUUCCUAGCCAACCUUUCUGAAAGUCGGCCAGCCGAAGAACAAUCCGCAACUGUGGACAACGUCGCGCAGGAUGUUCGCGACAGAGCAGUGGAACUGGCUCGUGUCGACGCAGCUACAGAGUCUCUAACAUCCCGCUAUUAUCAGCUCAAGAGUAAUGAACUCCAUUUCGCCUCAACCGUCCUCGUAAAAGAACACGCAGAUGCUGUAACACUUGCCGAACAGCGUGCAUCUGACUUAUCCAGCGCACUCGCAUCCCACGAGAUGAUUGCUGCUCGCCUGGAGACCGUACAAAAGGACAGGGCCGACAGCGAGGAGCGACUGAAGCAAGCCACCGAAGAGGCAGAGCACCUGAAAACCUCUGCUGCCAUUCUUGAAUCCAAACUAGCCCGUUUGCAAGAAGAAUUCGACGGUAUUGCCUCUGUUCAUGCGACUGCAUUGAAGAAGGAAAAGGAUACCAUCCAGCGGCUGACUUCGACCAUUCAAAAGAACAGAUCGGCAGAAGAGGCUCUACGCGCUGAGAUUGAGCAAUUGACGGCAGAGAUUACAGAAGCAGAGCGCUUUCAAGAAGCCUACUACAGCUUGUCCGACCAAGUAGGCACACUCAUCACGCGCAAGCAGAUCGCAGAGGAAGAGGCCGAUCGCAUUAGUAAAUUUAAUGCGGAGAUCCUGGGGCACAACAAUCCGGCUCAACGAAUCAUGUACGUCGACCGUAUCCGAAGGGAGUUGGCAGAGGCAAAACACAAAAUUGCCCAGCUGACCCGCGAGCAAGAGAACGUCGUCGUCGAGAACAAUGAGCUGCAGAACGAACUCGACAUGUACAAGUCCGUGCGAUACCUAGGAGACAGCAAGCCCCGGACGAAUAUCACGAGAGUCGCCCGCCUGCCGCUCGUCAAUGUCACCCAAAGCCUCAAUGGCAGCAUCCACAACUCGAAACUCAACUCUGGGAGCUACGCCAAACCUGCCUUCGAACCUCUGACUGAAGUCGCAGAUUCAGACAUGACGAUAGACGAAAUAAUGUGA